AUGUUCAACAUUUGGAAUAUUAUAGGCAAUUUGGCCCCUGUGGCUAAAAAGGAGCUAUUUUAUGUUUGGCCUUUUGGAUUAGCGGCUUAUCUUGCUGGUGUCGUGUUUAUUGAUAGAAGAAAUUCAAAAGGUGCUUAUAAAACACUACAAAAAACAACUGAGGUUAUGGUUAAAAAUAAGACGAAACUUUGGUUAUUUCCUGAAGGAACAAGAAAUAAAUGCUACGACAAAAUGUUACCUUUUAAAAAGGGAGCCUUCGCAAUUGCGGUUGCCGCUCAGAAACCCAUAAUACCAGUAGUUUUUUCUCCUUAUUAUUUUAUUAAUGAGAAGAAAUAUAUAUUCAACAAAGGCCAUGUAGUAAUACAAUGCCUGGAGCCCGUGUCCACUGAAGGAUUGACAGCGGAUGACGUGCCAGAACUUAUCAGUCGUGUUCACAGUCAAAUGGAAAAGACAUACAAAGAACUUACAAAGGAAAUCGUUAGCUCUCUACCUUCAGACUAUCCACACCCAAUAGUUAAUAUGUAG